AUGGUGACUGACUCGGAACUAGCAAAACAGUCUGUACUGAUAAACAAGAUACCCAAAAACUCUAUUGAUUUUGUGAUUAGAGUCUUGGGCACAAAGAUUCAAACAACGCUAUUUAAUAAGCAUAUCGAAACAUGGAAGGACUUUUUGAAGCCAAAUAAGAGUUACUACAUUGCUAAAGGACGCUAUGAUCGUGUCAACCCCAACUACUCUUCUGUGCAUAAAGAAGUUGAAUUGGCCUUUACAGACAACACUGUCAUAAAGGAGACCGACCAUGAGGUUUCAACACAGAAAUUUUUUGAUGGUUUUUUAUCAUUAGACGCUGCUGAUAACUUACCUAAUGGUUCUAUUCUAGACUUGAUUUGCGUCUUAGUUUCGGUGAAUCCCAUCAUUCAAAAUGCAACUUCGAAGAGACGAGAAAUAGUUGUUACAAAUGAGUUGAUAGAGCCUACAACUAUAACUCUUUGGGGCGAUUUUGCUGAAAAUGACGGUGCAUUCCUUGAAAAGCUUAAAGACGAUAAGCCUAUACUCGGCUUAUGUGACGUUAGAGUUUCAAUCUAUAAAGGCCGAUUUGGGAUCUCUACAAUUCCUGUGAGCAACGUCUUAAUCAAUCCAAUUUUCCAAAAAGCAAUAGACCUUCGAGCCUGGCGCGAAAUCAUAGAGGCUGACAACAAAGAUAUUAUAGUAGCACCAACUAAGGCAAUGAGAAGAGCUAUAGAAGUUCCGUUGGACCAUAUUCUCGAUGGGUUGUUGGCUGAAUCGCAGGAUUCUAUGUACAAGUUCAAAGCAACGAUUGUAGACAUACUCAAUAAAGAUGAGCCAUGGUAUUUGUCGUGCAAAACAUGCCGCAAGAAAGUCCAAGUUAUAAAAGAGGCUGCAGGUUGUACUAAUUGCAACAUUGAUAAUGUAGAAUAUGCAAUGAGAAUUGAUUUGACAGAUGCAAACCCCCGUAGUAGCUUAAUUGCCGAAGAAAUACAUCAACUAGAAGAUGAAACACCAAUUAUCCUGGAAGAAGAAGUCAGAUCAGUGAGGAAGUACAGGAAGAGGGCUAAGAAAACCACAAAUGCAGCGGCCCAAAUCAACCAAAAGAAACCCAAAGCCGCUAAAGAUUAG